AUGGCACGCCCAUCUGUCGGAUGCCGUCCGCACUUCGGACGGCAGGUUCGUUAUGUUGAAGUUGCUCAAUUCCAGUCUUCGAACCCCUCAGAAGCUGAGGUAGGUAGAUACGAGGCUGAGAUAGGCCAAAAGUUCUCGUCAGAACCGCUGGCAGCCGAUCCUAGCAACCGCUGCGUCCCGAUAUACGAUGUCCUAUAUCCUCCCAACGAAUGA